UGGGGGGAGAGGUCUGUGGCUCUGAGAGGGGGAGACCAAGAAGAGGGGAGAGAAGAGAAGGGGGCAGCGGGGGAACCCGCACUGAUCUGGAGCCCUACAGGCCUUCACGGAGGUGGAGCUAUUCUGCAGCAGAGUUUGGGAUUUUACAUCAAGAGGUCACGGUUUUUUUUUUUCUGGAAUUGUAAGAUUGUGUGAAGUGAAAGCAUCGGGAUGGCGGCUAACGCAGAGGGGACUAAGUCAUUCAUCAUGAAUGAGGAGGAACUGAAGAGGAAGCAGAGGGAGAAGCUGAAGAAGCUGCAGGCCACAGGGGGCAACCCUCGCCCUGCCAGAUCCCUCUUUUUCUUCACCCUGAAAAAUCCAUUCCGCAAAGCCUGCAUCAACAUUGUGGAGUGGAAAACAUUUGAAAUCAUCAUCUUAYUGACCAUCUUUGCCAACUGUAUUGCUUUGGCUGUGUUUCUGCCAAUGCCUGAAGAAGACAGCAAUAACACCAACGCAAGUUUGGAAAGCCUGGAGUACAUUUUCCUGAUCAUCUUCACAUUAGAGUGCUUUUUGAAGAUCAUAGCGUAUGGCUUGGUGUUCCAUGAAGGGGCCUAUUUACGGAACUGUUGGAACAUAUUGGACUUUGUCAUCGUUUUCAUGGGUCUCUUCACCUUUGCUUUGGAUACCAUAAAUAUGAUAGCAGGAGUGCCGACGGAGAAGGGUGGGGGGUUUGACAUGAAGGCCCUGAGAGCCUUCAGAGUACUGCGGCCCCUUCGCCUCGUUUCUGGAGUUCCCAGCCUGCAGGUAGUGAUGAACUCCAUCCUCAAAGCCAUGCUGCCUCUGCUGCAUAUUGCCCUGUUGGUCUUCUUACUGGUCACGAUCUAUGCUAUUAUGGGACUGGAACUCUUUAAGUGCAAAAUGCACAAGACCUGCUACUACGCUGGCACAAAUAUCUAUGCAAUAGCAGAAGGUGAGCUACCAGCUCCAUGUGCUCAGGCUGGGAAUGGACGCCGCUGUAUGAUCAAUGGCUCAGAGUGUCGGCCUAACUGGGAAGGCCCCAACAACGGGAUCACUCACUUUGAUAACAUCGGCUUUGCCAUGCUGACGGUGUACCAGUGUAUCACCAUGGAGGGGUGGACUAAAGUGCUCUACUGGGUUAACGAUGCUAUAGGAAAUGAGUGGCCGUGGCUCUAUUUUGUUCCUCUCAUCCUGCUGGGCUCCUUCUUUGUGCUCAAUCUGGUUCUGGGUGUGCUCAGUGGGGAGUUUACCAAAGAGCGAGAGAAGGCCAGGUCACGAGGAGAGUUCCAGAAGUUGCGAGAGCGUCAGCAGCUCGAUGAAGACCUCCAUGGCUACAUGGAAUGGAUCACUCACGCUGAAGUCCUGGAUGCUGACAGAGAGGGCAAAGGUCUUCUGCCUCUGACCAGUGGAGAUUCUGACACAGACAGUCUGUAUGAUCUGGAAGGCAAAAGUCGUAUCAUCUACUACUACCGUCUGGCUCGACGCUGGAACCGUUUCUUUAGAAUGAAGUGUCUGGUUUAUGUGAAAACCAAAAGUUUUUACUGGGUGGUGAUGUUCCUCGUCUUCCUCAACACUCUGACCAUAGCCACAGAGUUCCACCACCAACCCGUCCGGCUGACCAGCCUGCAGGAUGCGGCCAGCCGAGUGCUGCUGGUGCUGUUUGUCAUUGAAAUGUUUGUGAAGAUGUACGCCCUGGGACCUAGAGCCUAUUUCAUGUCGCUUUUCAACCGUUUCGACUUCUUCGUGGUUCUCUGUGGGAUCCUGGAGAUGAUCAUGUUGUCAGCCGGGGCCGUGGCUCCUCUGGGUUUCUCUGUGCUCAGGUGUAUCCGGCUGCUGAGGAUCCUCAAAGUCACAAAGUACUGGACCUCCCUGAGUAACCUAGUGGCCUCUCUCCUCAACUCAGUUCGCUCCAUUGCCUCGCUGCUCCUCCUCCUCUUCCUCUUCAUUGUCAUCUUCUCUCUCCUGGGAAUGCAGGUGUUUGGGGGCAAAUUUAACUUCAACGACCACCGACCCCGUCGCAGUAACUUUGACAACUUCCCUCAGGCCCUGAUUAGUGUCUUUCAGAUCCUCACAGGAGAGGAGUGGACCAGCAUCAUGUACAAUGGCAUUAUGGCCUACGGAGGGCCUGUCAUCCCCGGCAUCCUGGUUUCUAUCUACUUCAUCAUCCUGUUUGUCUGUGGAAACUAUAUCCUCCUGAAUGUCUUCUUGGCCAUCGCCGUCGACAACUUGGCAGAGGCCGAGAGUCUGACCUCAGCUCAGAAAGAAAAGGCAGAGGAGAAGAUGAGGAAGAAGCUCCUGAGGUCCAAAAUGCCCGAGAAGACUGACGAAGAGAGGGAGAAGAUAGCUAAGAAACUGGCAGAGCAGAGGGCCAAGAUAGAGGGCAUGCCCACCACAGCCAAGCUCAAAAUUGAUGAAUUUGAAUCAAACGUCAAUGAAGUGAAAGAUCCAUUUCCACCUGCUGAUUUCCCUGGUGAUGAUGAAGAGGAAGAACCUGAAAUCCCCAUCAGCCCUCGGCCCAGACCAAUGGCUGACCUACAGCUGAAGGAAGAAGCAGUUCCUCUGCCAGAAGCCAGUUCCUUCUUUAUUUUCGGCCCUCAGAACAAGUUUCGUAAACUGUGUUACAAAAUCAUCAACGCUUCAUCUUUUACCAACCUGAUCCUCCUCUUCAUCCUGCUCUCCUCCAUCUCUCUGGCAGCUGAGGAUCCCAUCGAUCCAAAAUCCUACAGAAACCAGAUCUUGGCCUAUGCUGACAUCGUCUUCACGACCGUGUUCACCAUUGAGAUUGUGCUGAAGAUGACCGUGUACGGGGCAUUCAUGCACAAAGGCUCCUUCUGUCGGAACUCUUUCAACAUCCUGGAUCUGAUCGUGGUCGGCGUGUCGCUGCUGUCCAUGGGAAUGGAAUCCAGCGCCAUCUCUGUCGUGAAGAUUCUCAGGGUGCUGAGGGUGCUGAGGCCUCUCAGAGCCAUCAACAGAGCCAAAGGGCUAAAGCAUGUGGUCCAGUGUGUGUUCGUGGCCAUCAAAACAAUUGGCAACAUUGUCCUGGUUACCAUGCUGCUGAACUUCAUGUUUGCCUGCAUUGGAGUGCAACUAUUUAAGGGUAAAUUCUACAGCUGCACAGAUCCGACCAAAAUUACUGCAGAGGAAUGCCAGGGAUCCUUCCUGAAGCACAUUGAGAGCUCRCUGCAGGACACAGUGGUGGCUAAAAGAGAAUGGCUCAACAGUGACUUCAACUUUGACAACGUGCUCAAUGGGAUGCUGGCUCUGUUCACUGUUUCCACAUUUGAAGGCUGGCCCAAACUCUUAUACAGAGCCAUAGAUUCAGCAGAAGAAGAUCUGGGUCCCGUCUACAACAACCGUGUCGAUGUGUCCAUCUUCUUCAUUAUCUACAUCAUCCUCAUCGCUUUCUUCAUGAUGAACAUCUUUGUGGGUUUUGUCAUCGUCACCUUUCAGGAGCAGGGCGAGCAGGAGUAUAAGAACUGCGAGCUGGACAAGAACCAGCGUCAGUGUGUGCAGUACGCUCUGAAGGCUCGCCCCCUGAGAUGCUACAUUCCUAAAAACCCGUACCAGUACAGGGUCUGGUACAUCGUCACCUCCUGUUACUUUGAGUACCUGAUGUUCUUUCUGAUUAUGCUGAACACCUUGUGUCUGGGGAUGCAGCACUGCAACCAGUCAGAUCACGUUACCAAGCUGUCCGACAUGCUGAACUUGAUCUUCACUGUGCUCUUCACGGUGGAGAUGAUCCUGAAGCUCAUGGCCUUUAAAGUUAGGGGCUACUUUGGGGACCCCUGGAAUGUCUUUGACUUCAUCAUCGUCAUUGGUAGCGUCGUUGAUGUCAUUUUAAGUGAAGUUGAUACUGCGCUGGAAUCCAGUGGAGGGCUGUACUGUCUCCAUGGCUGUGCUGAGACAAAUCCUAUGCAAGAAAUUGCGGCUUCUGAAAAUGCUUCAGUGUCCAUCACCUUCUUCCGACUUUUCCGUGUGAUGCGUCUGGUCAAACUGCUGAAUCGAUCAGAGGGCAUCCGUAACCURCUGUGGACCUUCAUCAAGUCCUUCCAGGCUCUCCCUCAUGUAGCUCUGCUCAUAGUGAUGCUCUUCUUCAUCUAUGCUGUCAUCGGGAUGCAGAUCUUUGGAAAGGUAGCUUUAGUAGACGGCACCCAAAUCAAUCGCAACAACAACUUCCAGACAUUCCCUCAGGCUGUUCUGAUGUUAUUCCGAUGUGCCACUGGAGAGGCUUGGCAAGAGGUCAUGAUGGCAUCAAUGUAUGGGAAGAAGUGUGACCCAAAGUCUGACUUCCUGCCGGGAGAGGAGUACACCUGCGGGUCCAACUUUGCUGUUUUCUACUUCCUCAGUUUCUACUGUCUAUGUGCCUUCCUGAUCUUGAACCUGUUUGUCGCAGUCAUCAUGGACAACUUUGACUACCUGACCCGUGAUUGGUCUCUUCUUGGUCCGCACCAUCUGGAUGAGUUUAAGAAAAUCUGGGCUGAGUAUGACCCAGAAGCCACGGGGAGAAUCAAACAUCUGGACGUYGUGACGCUGCUACGAAGUAUCCAGCCCCCGUUGGGCUUUGGCAAGUUCUGUCCACAUCGCGCUGCGUGCAAGAGGUUGGUUGGUAUGAACAUGCCUCUCAACAGCGAUGGUACCGUCACUUUUAACGCCACCCUGUUCGCACUGGUCAGGACUGCGCUUAAAAUCAAAACAGAAGGAAACUUUGAGCAGGCCAACGAGGAGCUAAGGGCCAUCAUAAAGCAAAUCUGGAAACGCACCAGUAUGAAACUGUUGGACCAGGUCAUCCCCCCUAUAGGAGAUGACGAGGUUACCGUGGGGAAGUUCUAUGCCACGUUUUUGCUCCAAGAUCAUUUCCGUAAGUUCAUGAAGCGACAGGAGGAGUAUUAUGGUUACCGUCCAACUAAGAAGAGCGCCUCAGGACCAGAAAUCCAGGCAGGUUUGAGGAGCAUCGAAGAAGAAGCUGCUCCAGAGAUGCACAGGGCAAUUUCAGGAGACCUGCAAAACGAUGAAGAAAUGGACCGAGCGAUGGAAGAGGCUGGAGAAGAAGCCAUUUACCAUCGUUCACAUGACCUGUUCGGUAACCGAGUCAACUCCUUCAACUCCUCGGAGCCCGCCAAUGCUGCCCAGGUGACCAACCAGCGGCCUCUCCAGUUUUCCGAGAGCCAGUCCGAGUCUCCGCCAAACUCCUCCACUUUGGUGCCCAGUGCAGACGAUUUCCCCACARCUGCACCAAAGAGCAACACAAACAACAACGCCUUCGCAGAAUUUUCUUUUGAAAGAGAAGGAAGUCCAGAAGAAUUCUACAAUCCUUACGAGGAUGACGAGCCAGACAUCAAACACUCCUGGAACUUCACUGUAAGAACAGAUGAGACACAGUUUCCUUAUGAACCUAACUAUGGGGAUGGUCAGAGAUCUCAGUCCGCAGCCGACCGGCUCGUCCAGGAGGCUCUUGAAAGUGGAGGUCUCGUCUCUUUGGCCAAAGACCCUGACUUUGUCUCUGUAACUAAGGAGGAAAUGUCUGUAGCCAUGCGCAUUCCUGUAUCUGAAAUGGAGGGGAUGGCUARGGGCAUCCUCAGCGAACGCUCCGGCAGCAUCCCCUCUGCUAAAAAGAGACGUCCUGUCCCYGUACCUCCAUCUGCCCCCACUAUGGUGAGACAAAAAGCGAGCCAGCCAGAACCRGCCGUUAGGAAAAAGAGACGUCCAGUUCCUACGACCCCUACCCAGAAGAAACCGUACUCCGAAGUUUAAAAGAUGCUUCCUGAGUUUAAAGUGGAUUUUUACUCUUCAAAGUGGCUUYCCCUCAUGUGGCAUCACUGUACUURUUGACUCUUUGACAAUUUGUCUGUUAGCGUGACUGAAGGUCAAAAAAACAGGUUGGAGCAAGUCAAAGAAAAUUGUCAAGAGUGGUUGAAGCUUAACCAAGGAGAAACAAAAUAUCUGAUAGGACACCUUUCAGAUUGAUUGGACUAAUAAAAACACAAACCUAUGGCUAAGUAAACUGAUUGACGUACUUCUUUCUUUGUAGCAUUUAUUGAGGAGAUCCAUUCCACUUAGGGGACAGCUGUGAGCGAAGUGYCUUACUCUAGGCUCACUGAAGGAGGCAGGACAGUAACCUGUGUCUACAAAAAAGAUUAACAGGUUUUAUUGAACUGCAUUUUACCAGGUGAUGGGAAAGGACUUCACUUUGUGGAAACAAGUUGCUUUGCAUCCAGGCCCUAAAGUCUGACAGCACUUAAAAGGGAAUCUGGAGCUUAGGCAGUAAAGUAAAAGGAUGUUUUGACAUUUAAUUGAUACUAAGGUUUUUACCUUUUCUCCUGUUCAAACAGUUGUUUUUGCAGUUGAAAGUAAGAGAUUAUUUUUCUUUUUUGUAAAUAGACGUAUAUUUAAUCCAUAACAUAUACAGAUCUAGCCAUAAUAAAUUAUUUGCUCAGUUUCAAGAAAUUGAGUAAACAUACUGUUCUGUACUUUAGRGUUUUUCUUUAUAUUGUUUAAUCUCUGAGAGCAGUUUAGGACGCAGGAACCUGAAGCAUACCUGGAGUAUGCUUGAUUUAGCUUAAAAGCUCCCUAAGGUUCAUCAUAUUCAUAUUUGUGGACAUCAUUUUGCACUUGAUUCAUGUUUUGCUCAAAAAUUUUGGAAACAGUCUUCCAGAGGACUGCUUUUAUUUUCUUUUUUUUUUUUUACAUUUGUCCUCUGAUCUGUCUACAUUUAAAGGUUUGAAAGACAUUGCUAGUUUUAGUGCAUCUCCCACCUUCACUCUUAUUUCUGAAUCUGUACCAGUAAGGYUGAUGUUACUUUACUGCACUGUCAAAGACAAUAAAUAAUCCAAAUAAA